CUCAGGUCCUCUUGACAUAUACCCCCCUUUAGUCAGUAACAAAGCAGUUCGCCAGUAAAUCGACCACGGAUGACAACAACCCACUAAACCCUCAACAUAAUCUUGUCCUAAUUAUACCUAUCUAUCUCUCCUCCAUAAACUCAUAUUAGCAAAUAUAUAAGGAAGCUACUGCGUCUCUCCUCGUCUCGAGCUAUCAACUCCGACUCAUAGGUCCCUCUUCAUCACAGAUCAUAGAUCAUAGAUCAUGCUCCCCAUAGCAAACGCAAGGCUGCUUCUGCAAGCCCCCUCGCGAAUAUUAUCACGCGUACCGAAUGCCGUGCUUCCUCGAAAUGCCAUAGCAACACGCAAUGGCCCAAGGGCUGUACCUGCGCGCCUCUCCUUGGCCGCCCAGCGGGCAUCUUUCGCGACCAAACCCCCCGACAACCCAUUUCAGGAGGGAAUUGACCCGGAAGAGGACCGGAAAAUUGCCCAGCGUAAACUCACUCCCCACCCAGAAUCCGUAACUAUGGAUUCGAGUGUUCGUCACAUAUAUGAACCAUCUCCUCCGGGAAAGGCGGCCCCGGCGAAGUCUGGCUUGACGGAUGAUCUAAAACUCGUACAGGAAACAUUUUCUCUUUCCAAAGCCCCCCACGAACCCUACUGGCUAGGAAUCGCUGGGACCUUACCUUAUCUCGGAACCUCCCUAUCUACCGUCUACCUUUCUUGGGUUCUGAAUACCCCGUGGCCUGCGCCUUCGGCCUUCACCAAUAAACUUCUGAUUAGUCAGGAGACAGCACACCAGUUGAUGGCCACGCUCGAACCGAUUCAACUAGGUUAUGGCGCCGUCAUUAUUAGCUUUCUAGGUGCUGUACAUUGGGGCAUGGAGUAUGCCGCAAAAACAUCAGAUCAUGCCCGAACUCGUUUUCGCUACGGGCUAGGAGUCAUGGCCCCGAUAGUCGCUUGGCCUACUCUAUUCAUGCCAGUCGAGUUUGCACUGACAUCACAAUUCGCCGCUUUUGUAGCACUAUAUUUUGCUGACACGCGCGCCACAGUGCGCGGUUGGGCUCCAGUGUGGUACAGUACUUACCGCUUCGCGCUUACGGCCGUCGUCGGUGUCGCCAUCGCCAUCAGCUUAAUCGGGCGAGCCAAAGUUGGAGACGCAAGCCCCCGACUCACGGGGCUAAACGAGAAAUUUCACGAGCACCGUGGUGAGGAGGAUUACACCAAAAAAUGGCAAGAGCUGGAGAAGGGGGAGAGAAAGAAAGUAAAGCAACGAGAGGAGGAAGAAAAGAAAAAGAAGGAGGAGGAGGAGAGAAAAAAGAAGGAGGAAGAAAAACAGAAGAAACAGAAAGGGCAAGCAGAAGCGGAUAAGAAAGACGGGGAGAAAUCUAGCGGAGACAAGGACAAGGGAAAGGAAUCUGACAGCGAAGAAAAUAGGGAUCAAGAGAAGAAGGGAGACGAACAACAAGGUGGCGGGCAAGACAAGAAGAGUGAAGAGAAGAAGAGCGAAGAGAAGGACAGCGAAUAGUUACCACGGGGUUGUGAUGGCGAUUUUAGAGUAGGCUUUCCAUCGCCUCAAGCAUAAUUCAGAUAUAUUAAUGCCAGCUUCACUACGUUCAGACACGAAGCUCAUCAGCU